UCAAAUCCUUUUUCUACUUGUGUUGGGAAUUUGUCAAUUUGGGCUCAUCCGGUCUACUGGUUUAACCGGUUCUGAACCAUUAUAAACCGGCUUAAAAUGAUUUGACUUUGGAGUUUGGAAUACACAAGAAAGGUUUGGUUUGGUUCAAAACUUGAAUGAUAACAGGUCCGGUUCGUUCCAUUUUUUUUUCACGUUGCAAGAAAAGGUGGUUUGUUUAUUAUUCAGUGGAUGGUGGGUUCUGCAGAGUGCAAUCAAAGAGAAUGAAGAAGCCUAUCGUAGCUUUGUUAAUGGUAAUAUUCUUUUCUGCGUUCAACUGCUUCAACGCCGAAGAAGCGUUCGAUGUUCGCAAGCAUCUCUCCACUGUUUCCAGGUAUGGUGCUGUGAAAGAAAUUGCAAACGGUAAUUUUAUACCUUCUAAAGUUCCUGAAGGAUGUGUUCCAACUCACUUAAAUCUCGUGGCAAGGCAUGGAACUCGUUCUCCUACAAAGAAAAGGAUAAGAGAGUUAGAUAAUUUGUCAUUACGUUUGGAAGAUCUUAUAAAGGAUGCCAGAAGGCGAAAUUUGCAUUUGGAAAGAGUUCCUUCUUGGCUAGAUGGAUGGAAAUCUCCUUGGCAAGGAAGGCUCAAGGGUGGUGAGUUGAUUAGCAAAGGAGAGGAAGAAUUAUAUGAUCUUGGACUCAAAAUUAGAGAAAAGUUUCCAAGUUUGUUUGAUGAAGAGUACCAUCCAAACAUAUAUACAAUAAGGGCAACUCAGGUUCCUCGAGCCUCGGCCAGUGCGGUAGCAUUUGGGAUGGGGCUUUUUAGUGGAAAUGGUAGCCUUGGACCUGGGAAACAUCGAGCAUUUUCUGUUAUAAGUGAAAGCCGUGCUAGCGACAUCAUGUUGAGAUUUCAUGAUUGUUGUCAUAACUACAAGCAUUUCAGGGAGAAGCAGGAACCCGCUGUUAAUAAACUUAAAGAACCUGUAUUGAAUGAAAUCACAUCUGCAUUAAUUGGGCGCUAUGGACUGAAUUUUACGAGGCAGGAUAUAUCAUCUCUUUGGUUUUUGUGUAAACAGGAAGCAUCCUUAUUAGACAUUACCAAUCAAGCAUGUAGUCUUUUUGGCCCUUCUGAGAUUAUGUUGCUGGAGUGGACAGAUGACUUGGAGGCUUAUAUUCUUAAGGGUUAUGGUAACUCGCUCAACUAUAGAAUGGGAUUGCCAUUACUUGAAGAUGUUGUGCAGUCUAUGGAACAAGCUAUUCAAGCUGAAGAAGAUUGCAAUGGUGGCUCAGAUUUCUCUCUCGUGCAUGUGUCUUGGCUUUACAUAAAUCGCCUUCAAAUGUGGUCAGGGAGUGUUCAAUUUUUGCACCCCUGGCUAGCUAUGGCCUUGAUUUGGUUUCUCCUUUUGCUCAAAAUAAGUCCUCUUACCCAUUCCACUGUAAUUGUUCUUGAUCAUGCAUUGUUUCCAUAUAUAUACCUUCUCUAGCUGUUAUCCCCUUCUUCAAUAUGGACAACUAAUGUUUCUUUGUAAUUAAUAUAGUAUGAAGAAAUUACCUUCCUCUUCGUUACAGUUUGGUCACCAUAAUGACAGUGAUUCCUUCCAUUUCAUUUAUACCUUUGGGUACUCUUUUAUCUUGAUGUAUAUGUUGGUGCUUUUUGUUUAAUAUGAGAUUAUUCUGGUUCCUCAUUAACACAAAUUUUGGCCACUGAAUGUCACAUCUUCAAUGAAUAGAUUAUUUCUUUCUUGCUUCUUUGGUUACUUUAAUUGCUCCAAUUAAUCCUUUAUGUGGUUUGACCAUUGGACCUCAAUAUCUUCUAUUUGCUUGCCUUUUGUUGAUCACAUAUGUCUUCUCUUUAAGAAUUUAUUUAUCCUUAAAAAGAUUUAAUAUUUGCUUCCAAUAAAUCUUUAACUGUUGGUCUUUCGUUUAAAUCUUCAGCUUCUUGCUCAUAACCACAUAAAGCAUGUACCCAAUACUGUUGUAUUUGGCAUACUCUUCUAGCAUGUGGUCUUCUUAAAUCUAUUUCUCAUCCCUUUGGUUGGAAUUAGUUAAUGGCAAAUUAUUAUUUCUUUAUAAAUGCAAUGGUGGCUUCUUUUGAAGAUUGUUUGCUGAAUAUGUGAACUUGGAAGCAUUUGUUUUCUGCACUCAUU